GGGAUCUGUAAAGUGAUAUCAUACUCGGCAGUUGGGAUGCCAUAUAUAGUGACCAAAGAAUCCGGCGUUUUGCAUCCUCCAUCCUUGAGCUAAGCCCAUCUUCUCUCAACUUUUCCUCGUCGAGUCGAUAAUGGCCACCCAACAGGUCCCUCCCACCUACGACAGCCAAAGCACUUGGAGGGAAAUACAAACGCGUUUCCUCCCUGAACGCCUUCACUUCAAUUCAGAACACGCUCCCACGGAGGAGUGGUGGGACAACCGUGGCCACAAUCUUCAUCUCGACCGGUGGCGGAACCCUUCCGCCAAGAUCCGGGUUAUCCUGCAUCAUGGCGUGGGUACCAACGGCCGGCAGAUGUCCAUGAUCCUCGGCGUGCCUCUUCAUGCCGCCGGCUUCGAUGUUGUCGCCAUCGACAUGCCUGGAUAUGGACAAACUCGUGUCGCAUCGGGCGUGACCUACUCGUACGAUGACUGGGUCAACAUCGGUAAUGAUUUUGUUGACCACGAGCUCUCCUAUGACGGACGCCCCAUUGUCUUAUACGGGCUCAGUGCUGGCGGCAUGUUGACAUACCACAUCGCCGCCCUCAACAAGAAGGUCGUGGGUGUUAUUGGCAUGACUUUCUUGGACCAGCGUAUCCGGCAGGUGAGAAAGGAGACCUUACAUGAUCCUGUCAUCGCCUCCGUUGGUAUACCAAUGGCCCGAAUCUGCUCACGUAUUCCGCUGCUGCGGUCUCUUGCCAUGCCCAUGUGGCUCGCGGGGAAAAUGUCGGCACUGGUCAACAACCCAGAUGCAAUGAAGGUGUUCCGCGCAGACAAGACAUCGGCUGGCUCCUGGGCGACGAUGCGUUUCCUCAGUACCUACGCAACAUACGCCCCCGCCAUGGAGCCCGAGGACUUUGAUGUGUGUCCAAUCCUCCUAACGCAGCCCGCUGAAGACCGUUGGACACCGCUCCAUCUCAGUGAGUUGGUUCUGAACCGGGUUACAAAAGUCCCUGUUAAGAAGGUCAUGUUGGAGAAUGCGGGCCACUACCCGCUUGAGGACCCGGGCUUGCAACAAAUGGCUGAUGCUAUUAUCGAAUUCUUGAAUCAGCUGGAAAGCUGAGUCGAAGGAAAUAUUGAGACCUGCUGUGUGAAAUGUUUGGGUCAAGAGUUAUCUGUCGGAAAUAAUUAUUGUCUCGGGAUUCAUUCGAUGUUUAAGCGCGUUGCGUUCGGAAGACUUUACGCUCGAUAAUCAGCCACAAACUACAACCUUUUAUAUUUUUCCUUUACUAGCCAAAUACCCAAUAAAUUCUCGUUUCUCUGGUA